AUAACACUCCAUCAUAAAGCCUGGGCCCCUCCGAGCACCUUACAGCAAUGGCAUAAACCAACACAUUCUCAGAAUUGAUACACGGGAAAUAUAACUGGAAAUGGGAAACAUUGUAAAAAAUUCAGCUGCACCCCCAGAUAACAUUGUUUCAUGCCAAACAGUGUCAGACAGUGAGUUUCUAGCAGUACUUUGUAACUACCCUUCCCCUGACGUGAGUGAGCCAAUUUUCCAUUUUGGAGAAAAACUACGUGUUAUUUCUGACGAAGGAGGGUGGUGGAGAGUCGUGUCAUUAAGAACAGGCAGAGAAAACUACAUACCGGCCAAAUGCGUGGCAAAGGUCUACCACGGUUGGCUUUUUGAAGGAGUUGGGAGAGAGAAAUCAGAAGAACUUUUGCAGCUGCCAGAUUCAAAGAAUGGAUCAUUCAUGAUCAGACAAAGUGAAACUGAAAAAGGAUCUUAUUCUUUAUCUGUCAAACACAGACAAGUGAAACAUUACAGAAUUUUCCGUCUGCCAAACAACUGGUUUUAUAUCUCCCCUAGGCUGACAUUCCAGUGCCUUGAGCACCUUGUUAACCACUAUUCAGAAAAUGCAGAUGGUCUAUGCUGCGUCCUCACAAGUCCCUGCCUUACCCAACAGUCCAUAAACCAUAAUGAUGCUCUGAAUCAUCAAGUCCCUCCCGUUGUGAGGAGACGGCGGCCAUUCGAUUGGAGUACAAAACGGGUCCCCCUGACAAUGGAGGAGCCAGAAAACUCUUUAGAUGACAAGUUCCUAAGCUAUGGCCUCAGACAAAGCAUCGCCUCUUAUAUUUCACUGGCUGGAGAUGACACCUUUAUGGUAACAAGCAACGCUCAGAAGAAAAAGAACCGCCAAAGUCAAGUUGUAUCUGCUGUAAACAACAGAAACAGUUUCAAGUCCUAUGGAGAUUACGAAUGAAGACUUUUCAAAUGCAAAACAAAAUAAUCCAGGUGGUUUAAAAUGAACUUAAUCUUGGCCCAAUGGAGCCUAGCAAUGGACAUAAAAUCGGAUGCAUUCUGAUGGAUACCAAGCCUCUCACAUGUGGACUCGUUGAGUAUGUCCAAGACUCAGUGAAAGAUAAAGAAAAGGACAUACUAUACCUGGUAAGAGUCAGUCUCUCCCAUUAGGACACUGCUGACUUAAAGUAAUACUUAGCAAAUGUUUUAAGACAGAAGAGAAUUUCUAACCCACCUCAAAAUACAUAAAUGAACACCAGCACAGUUUAUACAGUAGGUAAGUCAGGAACAUUCGAAGAGCAAACUGUCCAUCCUCAAUAUACACCAUAAAAAAAUGGUCUAUGCACUAGCCUUUUCUUACAAACUGUGAAAAAUGCUGCCAGCCUCCAAGCUAGAUUGUUACUGCUUCCUUUAAUCAAGGGUGGAGUUUGGAGCCCAAAGAGCAGGCGGUGGACCUGAGGCACUCGGACCUACAAGAACCAGGGUCCACUAGGUUUUUAUCCCAGUGUCCCACCUGCCCAGUCUGACGCUGGGCCUUAUAUGGAUCCAUUAUCUUUCUUAUAGCCAACAACCCUCCGUUUUAUACAAUAAAAUAGCUCUGUAUCUACCCAUCUCCUUGAUAAAUUACAUGAUUCUCCCAUAAAAUGAUUCUCUCUCUCUCUCCAUCAUCCUCAUUUAAACAUACAUUGAACUGUCUUCAUAUACAGCCACUCAUUUAAAAAAUCAAUACGAAAAGGUAAUACCAUACUGUGUCCUCUCUGCAUGUGCUCAGAACAUUUGCAUAGUGCGGGGUGUUUUCGUUGUCCAGAAAUGUUGUGUAUAUUAAAGAAAUGAUACAAGCAGUUUUAUGUAAUAAACAUAUUCUACAAGA